AUGGACCAGUCAUCUCCAACCUAUAUGAUUGCUAAUUUAAUACCCCUGCAUUCAGAGCAACUCCUGCAAGGCCUGAAUUUACUCCGCCAACACCAUGAACUUUGUGAUGUCAUCCUUCGGGUUGGAGAUGUCAAGAUCCAUGCCCAUAAAGUUGUGCUUGCUAGUAUCAGUCCAUAUUUCAAAGCCAUGUUCAGUGGAAAUCUCUCUGAAAAAGAAAACUCAGAAGUAGAAUUCCAGUGCAUUGCAGAAGCAGCUCUGCAGGCCAUAGUGGAAUAUGCCUAUACUGGGACUGUAUUCAUAUCACAGGACACCGUGGAAUCACUUCUGCCUGCUGCCAAUCUCUUGCAAAUCAAGCUUGUGCUGAAAGAAUGUUGUACCUUUUUAGAAAGCCAGCUGGAUCCUGGCAAUUGUAUUGGUAUCUCCCGUUUUGCAGAGACAUAUGGCUGUCAUGAUCUGUACUCGGCUGCCAAUAAAUAUAUUUGUCAGAACUUUGAAGAUGUUUGUCAAACAGAAGAGUUCUUUGAACUUACCCAUUCUGAGCUGGAUGAAAUUGUUUCCAAUGACUGUUUGAAUGUGGUUACAGAGGAAAUGGUUUUUUAUGCACUGGAAUCUUGGAUCAAAUAUGAUGUGCAGGAGCGUCAGAAAUUUCUGGCGCAGCUACUUCAUUGUGUACGGUUGCCUCUGUUGAGUGUUAAAUUUCUCACAAGACUUUAUGAAGCCAAUCAUCUCAUUCGUGAUGACCAUACCUGUAAACACCUGUUGAAUGAAGCCCUGAAGUACCAUUUCAUGCCUGAACACAGGCUUUCGUAUCAGACUGUACUAACUACACGUCCUCGCUGCCCUCCUAAAGUGCUCUGUGCAGUGGGGGGGAAAGCUGGACUCUUUGCUUGUUUGGAAAGUGUUGAAAUGUAUUUUCCUAAGAAUGACUCUUGGAUAGGCUUAGCACCUCUGAGUGUUCCUCGCUAUGAAUUUGGAAUCUGUGCCCUUGAUCAGAAAAUCUAUGUAAUAGGAGGAAUUGCAACCCACAUGUGUCAAGGCAUCAAUUAUCGGAAACAUGAAAGCUCUGUGGAAUGCUGGGACCCUGAUACAAAUACUUGGACAUCAAUUGAGAGUAUGAAUGAGAGUCGAAGUACUCUGGGUGUAACAGUUUUGUCACGAGAAAUCUAUGCCUUGGGAGGUUAUGAUGGGCAGUCCUAUCUUCAAUCAGUGGAGAAGUAUAUUCCAAAGGUGAAGGAGUGGCAGCCUGUUGCACCAAUGAACAAAACUAGGAGUUGCUUUGCUGCAGCUGUUUUAGAUGGAAUGAUUUAUGCCAUUGGGGGCUAUGGUCCAGCUCAUAUGAACAGCGUGGAACGUUAUGAUCCCAACAAGGACUCCUGGGAAGCAGUUGCACCAAUGGCAGACAAGAGAAUAAACUUUGGUGUUGGGGUUAUGCUAGGCUUCAUUUUUGUAGUUGGAGGGCACAAUGGUGUUUCUCACUUGUCCAGCAUUGAGCGGUAUGAUCCACACCAAAACCAAUGGACUGUUUGUCAUCCAAUGAAGGAACCCCGAACUGGAGUUGGUGCAGCUGUAAUUGAUACAUAUCUUUAUGUAGUUGGUGGACACUCAGGUUCGUCCUAUCUUAAUACUGUACAGAAAUAUGACCCUAUAGCUGAUAAAUGGCUGGACACUGCCGGUAUGAUGUACUGCCGUUGUAAUUUUGGCUUGACUGCACUUUGAAUAAUACAUUUGAGGAUGCAAGUAGCACUGAAGAUGCCUGAGCUGUACAAAGCAGAAGCUGUAUUUCUUCAAGAUGGGAGAAAGGAGAGAUGACUUAAUUGUAAUGCAAACAGGUGAACCCCAAACAAGAAUUGGAUAUUGUUGAUAGGAAAGAAAUGGAAG